AAAAGAAGAAACGCUUUGUUGUUCUGUUUCACAGACGCGUCGAUAUCUGUGGUCUCACCUGGCGGACAGGAGUCGCAUCCCCACCUCCUCUCAGCAGAUUUUCUGCAGGUCGAAGGUCAUGGCACUGAUCUCUUUGGAGGAUCUCGAUGGAUUGGAUGACGAGCAGCUGGACGAUGACAUCACAGACAACCCCGAGCCAAUGGAUGAAGAUGAGUCGGAGCGCCUGAUGAGUCACUGGCAGGCUGUCGCCAGCACACACCAGGUGUCAGUUCCUCAAGAAAUGAGAGGACCCAUACAGGAAAUGACACGCAACAGCCAGCAGAGGGAGCCCCUCCCCUUCACACCCAUCUCAAGCCACGAGAAGAUGGGGGAGGUGCAGUACGAGGAGCGGCUGUACCCGGCCGGUCACUGGGCGUCCGUGACACGAGGAGACGACCUGUACGAGCAGAGCAUCUCCAUGGCCUUCAUGAAGCUGAUGCGCUUCAUCUGCAAGGAGAAUUCUGCAGGUAGAUACCUGGGGAUGACCGUACCCAUCAUCAGUUACAUCCGUAUGGCGAAGGACGGCAAGACAUUUGAGAAGGAUGUGGAGACGGCGUUUUUCCUUCCCGCCGCGCUCCAGCACAGCCCGCCGCAAUCCUGCGACCCUGACAUCAGCAUCGUCUACAGACAGCCAAUCAGAGUGGUCACCAGGCCGUUCUUCGGGACGACCACGGAGGAGACGGUAGGCCGCCAGAUCCUGCUGCUGUGGGAGAUUCUCGGCGCCACUGAUGAGCUGCACAGCGAUCGGUACGCCGUGGCCGUGUACGAGAACCCAGGUGUGCCGCGACGCCGGAACGAGCUCUGGUUCAUCAGGCGUGAUCUUUAGGCUCCUCCCAUCAUGCUCUAUUUCAGCACGUCCACUCACAGCUUCCUGUCAAACUGACAUCAGAGCAGUCAUCUGUUAUGAGGACACUAGGCCCCACCCUUUCUAUUAGCUCACACUUCACAGGUCUGUUCUGAUUGGCUGGAGCAAGGUGAUGAUGCCAUAAGGGCUGAUUGUGAUUGGUUUGUUGGUUUACUUACAUCGUGUAACAUUUAUUUACAGA